AUGCGGCGAUCGUUCGAGGAGAAAGUCUUCCCCAAUUUCCCAAAUCCAAGACAACUCGCGUCUUCGGUCCCUCGCUCGCCUCUUUCCAGCUCACAUGUGCAUACGAUCGACAGGCGAGUGGAUGACAUAAUCAGUGGAGCGGAUCGGAAGCAAAACAAUGACUUAAGGACGAGUGGGUUUCCCUUGUGCUACCCAACUACCACCCACAUGUCAGACGUUCAGGAAGCGUCGUCGGCCUCGACGUCGUCAUUUGUAGCAGCGUUGGUGCUGAAUGCUGCGAUAUUCGGAGCCGAGAUUGUCGCCUUCACAGUACUACGAAGGAGCUUCCCUGCAAUCUAUGAGCCCAGGAGCAGAUUCCUUCCCGAGGGUAAACGACAACGCCCCCUUGGAGAAGGUUUACUAUCUUGGCCUAUUACAAUAUUCAAAGCCGACCAUGAAGACAUAAAGAUGCACAACGGCAUGGACGCAUACUUCUUCGUCCGAUUCUUGCGAAUGAUGGUUCGCAUAUUCUUGCCAUUUUGGAUUGUAUCAUGGAUUAUUCUCUUACCCGUUGAUGCGGCCGGGGUGAACAACAAAACCCAACUCGACCAGUUUACAUUUGGCAAUAUACCCUCCGACUCUCAAGUCCGAUAUGCAGCACACUUGAUCCUCGCCUGGCUAGGCACCUUCUGGGUCUUGUUCAACAUCAAGAAGGAAAUGAGGAACUUUGUGGAACAGAGGCACCGUCACUUAGUUAAUCCUAUCCAUUCUGCAAGCGCUCAAGCAAACACGGUGUUGAUCACUGGUGUACCUCGUAAAUUUUUGGACGAAGACGCGUUGGCACAGUUGUUCCAACACGUACCCGGUGGUGUGAAGAAAGUUUGGUUGAAUCGGGACUUGAAAGAUCUUCCAGACAUUUAUGACCGGCGUACCGCAGCAUCCAAUAAACUUGAAUCUGCGGAGUUUAACCUCGUUGCUACUGCCCAGAAGCUGCAUCGCAAACACAAUCUGGCGCUAGCUAAGGCAGCCAAGAAGGGGCAAGACAUCACGACCGUCAAGCCUCCUGUUCCCGACGCGGAUCUCGAGAAUGCGGCUGUCGCCGAUCGAUAUGUUCCUCGCUCGCAGCGGCCAACACACCGACUUCCUCCUUUCAAGUGGUUGCCUUUUGGAUUGCCCUUCAUGGGCGAGAAAGUUGAUACAAUCGAAUGGGCUCGCAAAGAAGUUGUCGAAUCCGAGAAAUUGCUGUCUGAAGGGCGCAGGAAGCUGGCCGAAGACAGAUCUAACGUUGGUGUCGACAUGAACGAGAACUACCCUCCUCUCAACUCUGCCUUCAUCCUAUUCAACCAACAAAUCGGCGCACACAUGGCUGCUCAAAUUACAAUUCACAACCAACCCUACCGAAUGGCCGAGAAAUAUACCGAGGUUGCGCCUGCAGAUGUGAUCUGGGGUAAUCUAGGAAUUAACCCUUACGAAGCGCAAAUUCGUCGAGCAAUUAGCUACGCCGCGACGGCUGGUCUUAUUAUCUUCUGGGCAAUUCCUGUCUCCUUCGUCGGUAUCGUAUCCAAUGUUGCCCAACUCUGCGUUCGAUUCAGUUGGAUGCGAUGGCUUUGCGAGCUCCCUGACCCUGUAGUCGGCAUUAUCUCCGGUAUCCUUCCUCCCGUCGCACUCGCCAUCCUGAUGAUGCUCUUGCCGAUUGUACUCCGUUUGCUUGCUCGGUUCGAGGGAAUCCCGAGGUUUACUGGCCUCGAGUUGAGCUUGAUGACCCGAUACUUUAUUUUCCAAGUAGUACACUCGUUCCUCAUCGUCACCCUUUCUUCAGGUCUUAUCGCUGCUCUGCCUGAACUGGCCUCCAAUCCCACCAGCAUUCCAACCAUUUUGGCGGAGAAAUUACCCGAGGCUUCAACAUUCUUCUUGACUUAUGCAAUCCUACAAGGAUUGGCUGGAAGCGCCGGAGGUUUGCUACAAAUCGUCCCGUUGGUGGUAUAUUAUGUUAAAUUGUACAUCCUUGGAAGCACGCCUCGUUCUAUCUACAAUAUCAAGUAUUCGCUUCGAAACGUUGCCUGGGGUACAUUGUUCCCUGCCAUGACGUUGAUUACCGUCAUUGGACUUGCGUACUCGAUCAUCUCUCCUAUCAUCAACGGUCUUGUCUGCGUCGCCUUCUUCCUGUUCUACCAAGUAUGGAAAUAUCUGUUCUUGUGGCAGAUGGGCCAGCCUGAGGCGGGAGAUACUGGAGGAAUGUUUUUCCCCAAGGCCAUGCAACAUAUUUUCGUUGGCUUGUAUAUUGAACAGAUUUGCCUCUGCGCUCUAUUUUUCCUCUCUCGCGAUGCACAACUCCGUCCUUCGGCUGUUCCACAAGGAGCAUUGAUGGUUGUACUCAUUGUUAUUACUGCCGGUUAUCAAUUCGUGAUCAAUGACUCGUACAAUGCUCUUAUACACCCACUUCCUCUCACCCUCGCUCAUAAAUCCCAUGGGAUGCCCAAGGAGCAUCACCCAAGUCAGGAUGAAGACAUCGUCCGUGAUGAAGAUGACAUGCGCGAACGGGACUUUGGUCGCCAAUCUUCAGACUCUGGAACUCGACCACUCAACAAGAACGGAAACCCUCUCAGCGCCGAACAGCAAGCCAAACUCGACAAGAUGGAGCGUGAACGUGCCGAGCACGAGAUGAUUGCCAAGUCAGCUCCUCCCAAGGCUGAAACUUAUGGAAAGAACGUCGCGGAGGAAGGAAAGCGCAACGAUGGUCCAGAGGACUUUACGCAUCCCGCUGCAGUCGAACCACAGCGCGUUAUAUGGCUCCCGAAGGAUGCUUUGGGUGUUGCCGAGGCCGAGGAGCAAGAGCUCAAGUCCCAGGGUAUUGAGGUCUCGACGGACAAUGCGGUGAUUGACGAAAAGGGACAUGUUGAAGUUACUGGUCCACCACCUGGUGGGGAUGAUGAUGCUCUCUUUGGUUAA